AUGUGGAACUGGAUAAGCUUAUUACUUCUUUAUAAAUUGAACUUCGGCGAUGUUCAUUGUAAUAUCAUCUUGUAUAACACAGAUUAUAGUCAACCAAAUGAAAAAUUCGAUUGUCUGUAUUUUCUAUCGGAAGACGGGCAGAACAUCCCGUUUUGUCAACGCCCUGAUGCUCCCCAAAGACUCAAUCGAAAUUCUGCCCAAUGUGAAAAUGAAGGUGAAGCACAUUCUUUUCGAUCUUUACUUGAUAAUCAUACAGAUCCAAGUGAUUUACUACGUUGGAAUUCGAGUAUUGAAAUGGUUGAUAUGUACGCAAAUGUAUUCUAUAAUCAUUCAUUCAUGCGAACAAAUCUCAGUGACGUGUUGUUCAUUUGCAAGUGUAUCAAACCGGGAACAUUCGGUAAACAUUGUGAAUAUGAAUUGCCAAUAGCAGAGUUGUCAUUUGCUGAAACAGUUAUAUUUGAAUAUAUGGCGAAACAAUUCAGGUAUAAGCUUUGUCUGGAUUGGCGAGAUAUAAACGAUGGUAAACAACGAUGCUUGGAUGGCCUUGAUGAGGAGAAUUGGGACAAAUUGGAAUUCAACGAAUGUGAAGAUGAUGAAUUUCGGUGUGGUAAUGGUAUGUGUAUUCCACUGGAAUUCUGGCUUGAUGGUGACUAUGAUUGUAUGGAUUGGACCGAUGAGAUGCCUUUUGAUGAUUAUAAUGGAGAUGUAUGUCGUUUCGCGCCUAAUCCAAUGCUCUGUGAUGAGCAUAUAUGUCAACACGAUUGGUUUUCAUGUGGAGACGGACAAUGCAUUUUAGGACUAUUUCGAAUCGCAUUUGAUUCAGACUUUUCGCAUUACAGUCCUGGUUGCUACAAUAAACGUCAUUUAAAUUAUAUGUGUGAGGUGAAUACAUCUCGACCUGCCUGGACACUCGAAAGUGGACUGUGUUUGAUUGAUCAACCUUACAAUGAUUCUCGAUAUCCGCCGUGGAAUAUGAUGAAUUUAUCAAGAUUGUCAUCCGAGGAGAUAUGCGAAUAUUUAUUACGAUGUAUUUUAUCUGAUAAUUUUGAAGCUGAUUGUCCGUGUCAGUCUCGUAAUUGUACAGAAUUGAUGAUGGAUGUUUGUCUGUCGAAUGAUGGACUUGUUCCUUAUCCUCCGGCAGGGUUAAUUAAUCCAAAUUUAGCUUUCUAUUAUGACUAUCGUCAAUUGUCAACUGAUCGACGUGUUAAAAUAAUGGAAUUCAGUGGAAGUCUCAAAUGUCAAGGAUAUCACUUUCAAAGUCAUACGACUAUUCGUGAAAAUUAUCGGAUUGGCCGAUUGCUGAAUCCUCGCAUUUAUCAUACACUCUGCAUGGCCCACAGUUCGAAUACAGGAUUUCGAAACGUUACGUCACCUCUCAAAUUCGACGAAUUCUGCUGGAAUGAAUCUCUCACAUUCAAUGGGCGUCCAUACCGAGUGAAUUCCGAAGUGUGUCAGAACACAGGUGAAUGCAUUUCACAAUAUCGAAUUCAUGAUGGUCAUGAUGAUUGUAUUAACGAACAAGACGAAAAUACAUAUUUCAACGUUAGUUAUUGCACAGGAAACGUCGGAAAACAUCGUUUUCAAUGUUUUAACAGUGAACAUCAAUGUCUUAUGUUAUCUUCGAUAGGAACAAAUAGAUAUAAAUGUUCAAACAAUUAUGAUGUAUUAUGGUAUGGGAAUGGAUUAUCACUUUCACAGAUAUCGAAAUGUUCGAAGAAAACGACUUCUGAUUGUGCUCGUUUGAAGGAAUAUGUUAUACAAUCAUCUCAAGCCACUCUAUUUAAUAACUUAUCGAUUGUUAAUGAGCGGGAAGAUAUGACAGCGGAGCUCGUACAUUUUCGGUUAUAUUGCGAUACGUUUUGGCAUUUACCACAUCAGCUGGAUGAACUGACUUCUUCGUGUAAACACUGGAUUUGUUCGGAAGAUCAGUAUCAAUGUCAAACAGGACAAUGUAUUGACAUUGAUUGGGUGUGUGAUGGCGAGUGGGAUUGUUCGGAUGCAUCGGAUGAAGAAGCGAUGAUUGGUAUUAAAAACUUCUCGGAUCAUAAUGCACGACUCUUAAAAUCGAAUCCUCGACAUGAGGAUUGUAAGAAAAAAUACGCUUCGCGACCAUUCUCUUCACUUUGUAACACUGAAUAUCAGCUCGGAUGUUACAAAGCUGAAGUCUCGAAUCCAUCGAAUGUUACAACAUAUACUCCAUGUAUUAAUUAUACUCAAAUCGGUGAUAAUGUAGAAGAUUGUUAUCAAGGUUACGAUGAAAAAAAUACAAUUGUUGUAAUGAAUACAGUUGAAACUAUGCUUGGUUUUCAUCUUCGUUGUCCAAAUAAUGAUAUUAGACCGUAUCUAAGUGUUAUAAAUGGACCGAUGGUGAACAAUUGUACUGAAAUCGUUCGAUCGGAUUACCGGGACGUGAAUGGAACGUGUUCGGAGCCGAAAGAUAUCAUUUGUCUAGGAGACAACAGUUGUAGGAGAAACGCACGAUGUAAUGGAUCGACAGAAUGUCUCUAUGGAGAAGAUGAGUACUGGUGCCCACUAAGUAAUCCACCCUCAAAUCUUCUUCGAUAUCGUUAUGAAAAAGAAAUGUCGAAAGGACCAGCGCGUAUUUAUACUCCUUACUAUCCAGUUGAUAUUCCCAUAGAACUAAAGGAAAAACAAACAUUAGAGACGAAUAUAAAAAGCGUUGCAGCGAAACCGAUUCCUUUUUCAGCCUAUUAUGUGUGCAAUCGAGGUGUGUUCGUUCAUUAUUACAGUGAUCCGGUGUGUUUAUGCCCACCAGCUUAUUAUGGUCAAUGGUGUGAAUUUUUCAGCGAUCGAAUCAGUAUUAUAGCACGAGUCGAUAUAAAAACUUUACCAAAAAUCAUAUCGAACACAACAUUCAAAGUCAGAACUAAUCUCUUAUUUAAUGAUCAAGUUAUCGAUUAUCAGGAAUUCACCGUUAUUCCAACAAUUGAUAAACUGAAGCAUCAAUUUUAUCUACUUUAUUCACGUGUUAACCAUAUGAGGGAACACAAACGAAAAAGAUACUUUAAUCGAACUGAUAUUAUAAAUAAUCAUCCAUAUUGUGUACAUUUCGACGUUCUUACUCUUGAAAAUGAAGACAGGCUGAAAGAACUUGGUUCAUGGCAUUAUCCAAUCUACUUCGACUAUUUACCUUCGUUCCGUUUAGCCGUUGUACUGAAAUUUCCCACAUGGUUUGGUAAUACAACAUAUAAUCCAUGUGUAGACCAUAAAUGCAAUCCAAAUUCUGUCUGUAUGCCGAUUUUCAACAGAAAUUAUUCUUACUACUGUUCAUGUAACAGUGGUUACUAUGGUAUUAAUUGUGAUACGUAUGAAAAUCAAUGCGAUGAUUACUGUUCUCCUAAUGCAUUGUGUCGUCGACAUGCUCACAUACAAAAUGGAAGAAAUAAUGUAUUUUGUAUAUGCCCAUUGGGUCAAUUCGGUCCACGCUGUAGUUUCAAAUAUGAUCCUUGCACUUCAAAUCCUUGUUUGAACAAUGGAUCCUGCCUGUCUACACAUAUUCUGGUUGGAGAUAAACAUACGCCCUAUUUGUGUGACUGUUCAGAGGGAUGGUCUGGAAAUCAAUGUGAACAUACGUUAAUUCAGAUUCGUAUUGACUUAAAUAUCACGGAUGUGAGGUCCGUGCGUGCAACUGUUGUUCAGUUUUAUGAUUUCGGCAUAUCACUAGCAUUGGAAAUUCGGCACCAACUAGCUUAUAGUGGACUGCCAUCGACUAUCCGUUAUGAUCAUCCGGGUAUCUAUGCACCAGUUUUGGCAUUCAUGAAAACUUAUGGUCAAUCCCACAUUCCAUCAUAUUAUGUGGUAUAUAGUCUUCCUAAGCGAACGCGGAUUAAUAUAACAUCCUCUCCGAUUCAUUGUCCGCAUGUCUCAUCAUUAUUAUUGGAAAAAGAUUCAUUAGUUCCGUCGGUUUUUAAGUAUCAUGAACUUUGUAGGAACCAUAGUGACUACACAUGCUUUCAUGACGAAGUUUAUUUGUGUAUAUGUCGAGGUCGACUUGAUAGUGGUGCUGAAUGUUUUCUUCAUGACACUCAACUAGAUCAAUGUGAUCGAUGUCUAUCAGGUGGACAGUGUAUUCGAGGAGAUCUUAACAGGCCAGACGACUUUCUUUGUCUGUGUCCUUCGUGUUACGAGGGAACUGUUUGCGAAUUUAAUUUGAAUCCAUUCGGCUUUACGCUCGAUUCACUACUGGUCGGUUAUUCGACAGAAGUCAAGGUAAUCUAUAUGAUUCUGGCUCUGCUAAUCUUUAUGAUUGGCUUUUUCAAUAAUUUCUGCUCGUUUAUCACAUUCAAACGAGCAGUACCUCGAAAAUUUCCUGUGGGUAACUAUUUACUGCUUGUUACGUGUCUCAAUCAAACCGAUCUCUUUUGUUUACUUUUCAAAUUUAUUGAAAUAACGUUUCAAAUCUCCGGUUUGGCAUCCUGCAAAGCAAUUUCUUAUGUAUUUUCAGUCUUAACACGAUCAGUCUAUUGGUUAAUAAGUUGGGUAACUGUCAAUCGACUUUGUUUGAUCAUAUUUCCUACGUCAACCUUUUUGAAAAACACUCGCUACUCCAUCGCAAUUAGUUUCAUCAUAUUCACCAUCCUUCUUCUUGUCCAUAUUCAUGAAAUCAUUUCAUAUACAAUGAUUAAACAUAUUCCUACAAAUUCCUCGUUAUGUGUCACAAAUUUUGAUACUCAUCUGGUUUCUACCUACAAUAGAAUCUCGACUUUGAUUCAUCAUUUCCUCCCGUUCUUGAUUCAAGUCACUUCAGUUACGUUUCUCAUUGUUCUUACUACACGCAGUCGAAUCAAAGCAGCUGAAAGCAAGACACCACUUCGACAAGUUUUAAACAAGCAAUUCUCGACCCAAAAAGAACUUUAUAUAACUCCAAUAAUUAUCGUACUUUCGGCUCUACCUCAAACUAUUUUAGCAUUCAUUUUGGCUUGUACUCAAUUAAAUAAUUGGCAACGGCAUGCAUUACUUGGAGCUUAUUUGAUAUCCCAAUUGCCACAAAUUCUGGGCUUCAUUCUUUACGUUUUACCAUCAUCCAUAUACAAGAAGGAAUUUUCUCAAACGUGUGUUGCUAAAAACUGUCUCAAGUGUAUUUCUAAUUAG